AGCUCGGGUAUCAGUUACUGGGUCCCGACCAAUCCCCGCGCGCUGUCAGAGCUCGAGAGGAGACAGUAGCAGACCGGGGAGAGGAAGCGAGAGGAGCACACACACCCAUCCAUCGUCUAUCCUCCUUCACCCCCUCCUAGCACACAGACAGCCCCCCUCCUCCCACACAGACAGCCCCCCUCCUCCUUGACUGCAGCUGUUUGGGUUAACCGGGAGGCGCGAGGCAGGAUGCGCGAUGGGACAAGCGUGCGGACACGCGCUACUCUGCCGUAGCCAACCACCAUCCUCCGAGAUACGCGGUCAGCAAGUGUUUCUGCGUCCUGAGGAGAGUUCAGCUCCAGCCCUGACUACCAGACAGCCCACCCCGUUGUCUGAACAACUCCAGGAUGCUUUGCUGCGGCUGGCAGCGGUUGUCGACGCAUGCUCGCUUCGAGCAGCCCUCCGAGACAGCAUACAGGAGCUGCUACCCAGCACGGAGUGUGUAUGUGUCUACAUGCUGGAGGGAUGUUCGAGGCUCCUAUCUGACGACCCGCCACACGAACUGCCACAGGAGGGAAAGAUCAGGAGUAUCGCGGACCAGCUGAAGCGAUUUCAGUGUGCCGGCCUUCCUCUGUCUGAACUGCCAGAGAAAUACAGAAUCUGCCUCGCAGCACCAUUACCAGCACACAGAAGAGCUAUUGUCAUUCCUCUUUUGGACCAGGAGCGGGACAAGGCCAUUGCUGUUCUAUUGGUGGGCUGUAAUCCACUAUCUGAUCAGGAUGAACUGCAUCUUAACAUGCUGGAGAAACAUGCCUCAGUGGCGUGUACACGAGUCCAGGCUGUUCAGACGUCCUACCGGCCUCCUCUCAGCCCCUCUCCCAUACAGUCCCACAAUGCACUGCUGCAACUCAACGUCUCAGACCAGGACUACUGCGAACUGGACCGCAACAUUCUGCAACUCUGUGGUGAGCUCUUUGACCUUGAUGCAGCCUCUCUCCAGCUCAAAGUCAUCAAUUAUCUGCAGCAACAGACUCAGUCGCAGUGUUGUUGUUUGCUGCUGGUGUCCGAGGACAACCACCAAGUUUUCUGCCAGGUAGUUGGAGACAAAGUCCUGGAGGAGGAGAUCAGCUUCCCGCUGAUGUUUGGACGCUUUGGUCAGGUUGUAGAGAAGAAGAAGUCAAUUACUCUUCAAGACAUCAGUGCUGAGGAGCGUAGGCAGCUGUCGAGCAUGUUGGGCUGUGAGAUCUCCUCCAUGCUUUGUGUACCAGUGGCCAGUAGGGCCACCGGUCAGGUGGUGGCGCUAGCGUGUGCCUUCAACAAGCAGGGUGGGCAGAGACACACAGAGGCAGAUGAGCAUGCCAUCCAGCACUGUUUCUGCUACACUUCAACGGUCCUCACUUCAACUUUGGCCUUCCAGAAAGAACAGAAACUCAAAGUGGAGUGCCAGGCACUCUUGCAAGUGGCCAAGAAUCUCUUCACACACUUGGAUGAUGUGUCAGUGCUGUUACAGGAAAUUAUAGUGGAGGCCAGGAACCUCAGUGAUGCAGAGAUCUGUUCAGUGUUCCUGCUGGAUCGUGUCAGUCAUGAGUUGGUUGCAAAGGUGUUUGACGGAGGCGUGGUUAGUGACGAGGAGAAUGAGUUUCGUAUUCCAGCAGAUCAGGGUAUUGCAGGUCACGUGGCAACCACGGGUCAGAUCUUGAACAUUAAGGAUGCCUACUCCCAUCCUCUCUUCUACCGCGGAGUGGACGACAGCACCGGCUUCAAGACUCGCAACAUCCUCUGCUUUCCCAUAAAAGAUGAGAACAAUGAGGUGAUUGGGGUUGCCGAGUUGGUGAAUAAAAUGAACGGGCCAUGGUUCAACCGCUUUGAUGAGGACUUGGCCACAGCUUUCUCCAUCUACUGUGGUAUCAGCAUCGCCCAUUCUCUGCUCUACAAGAGAGUCCAUGAAGCUCAGUUCAGGUCACACCUGGCCAAUGAGAUGAUGAUGUACCAUAUGAAGGUUUCAGAAGAAGAGGUGACUAAGCUGCUGGUGAAGGGCAUUGAACCCGUGAUGGAGAUCCACUCAUGCUUCGCUGAGUUCACGUACACACCUCGCUCCCUACCGGAUGAAACCACGCCGUUGUGCGUCCUCAGCAUGUUUGAAGACAUGGGUUUCAUCAACACAUACAAGAUUGACCUGCACACUCUCGCCAGGUUCUGUCUGAUGGUGAAGAAAGGCUACAGGGACCCUCCCUACCACAACUGGAUGCACGCCUUCUCCGUCUCACACUUCUGCUACCUGCUCUACAAAAACCUAGGGCUGUCCAACUACCUCGAGGAGAUAGAGAUUCUAGCUCUCUUUGUCUCCUGUAUGUGCCAUGACCUGGACCACCGUGGCACCAACAAUUCUUUCCAAGUUGCCUCGCAAUCUGUGCUGGCUGCUCUCUACAGCUCAGAGGGAUCUGUGAUGGAGAGACAUCACUUUGCCCAGGCCAUUGCCAUUCUGAACACUCAUGGCUGCAACAUCUUUGAGAAGUUCAACAGGAAGGACUACACGCGCAUGCUGGAUUUGAUUAGAGACAUCAUUCUGGCUACAGACUUGGCUCACCACCUUCGCAUUUUCAAGGACUUGCAGAAGAUGGCUGAUGACGGAUACAACCCAAAAAACGGUGCCCACCGCUCGAUGCUACUGUGCCUCUUGAUGACAUCGUGUGACCUGUCGGACCAAACCAAGGGCUGGAAAACCACACGCAAAAUUGCUGAGCUGAUUUAUAAAGAGUUCUUCUCUCAAGGAGAUUUGGAAAAAGCCAUGGGAAACAGGCCCAGUGAGAUGAUGGACAGAGAGAAAGCGUACAUCCCAGAACUACAAAUAAGCUUCAUGGAACAUAUUGCAAUGCCCAUUUACAAGCUCUUAUCCGAACUGCUUCCUGAGGCCACUGAGCUGUACGAGAGAGUGGCAGCAAAUCGGGAGCAGUGGACCAAAGUGUCCCACAAGUUCACCAUCCGUGGGUUGCCUAGCAACAACAGCUUAGACUUCCUGGACCAGGAAUAUGAGCUUCUGCAGUCCCAGGGGGCAUUUGGGAGCGACGACCACUGCCUCAAUGGUUGCCUUGACGAUGCAGAAGGAGGAAGGGGUCAGUGACAACAGCAGGCUGCUGGCAUUUCUUAAAGUUUUCAGUGGUCCAAUAAGAGGCUGAAGAUACCUUUUUGGCGACCUAAGAGGCAGGCAUCUCUCUGCUGUGAUGCUUAGCAGGCCAUGCAGAAUGGACAGGACAAAGUUUCAAUCUAAUUGAAUCAGACAAGUGAUUUGAAACAUGCGGAUCAAUCUGAGCCGGUUCAGUGAUUAGAUGCCACAUGUUGCUUGUGUCUCCAGUUCAGGAAAACAGAAGGGGGUGACUUUUAUCUUUUUCAGCAGCUACACUGGAAAAACAGGUUUUUAACCACAAUUCACAAGUUCGUUAAUACAGUACUGAUCCUGAUUGUAAAAACACACAUACACACACAUACGUACAUGUGGAUACUGUUUAGACGCUCAACAGAGAAAAAAACAAUUCUUGUGGAAAAAGACUACUUCAACAUGUAACAGUGAGACAAAGUGCUAUACUUUCUGUAAAAUGUUUCAGAAUAGCUUAAAUUGAUUUCAAUGGCUCGGCUUUGAUCACACACAAGCAGCUGCCAUAGUCUUCACCUGAUGCUUAUGAAUGCAUGCCGUAUGGACACCUCAUGUAUUAUUUUCGUCAGUGUUGAUUUCUCCAUGGCUAAGAAAUUAAUACAGUCCAUUUUUUAUACCCAUCAGAACAGAUUUUUGUAUUCAGCUCUAUAAAAUACAGUAUAUAUGAUUAAUUCAUCACCAUGAAGUUGUACAAGGGAGAUUUAGUUAAUUUACUAACACAGCAUUAUAACCUUCAUGAUUCACUUUUACUCAUUUUUGGGGAGGUUUAAGAGACAAAUUGACAAUCACUGAUCAAUGAGUCACAGAUCCCUGGCCAUAACAACCCACUUCAUGCAUAAAACAUUAAAACGCCCUGUGCAUAUGAACUCCAUGUCAAUACAUCAAGUAUGCAUUUACACCUCAAACAAGAGUCGCUCAUGAUCUAAAAACACACCCUCAGUUUAUUUGUCUCUGACAUCCUUUCCACUCCCUUGCAUCUUUUUCACUUCAUUUUACGUUUUAGUUUACUGAUUUCCUCAUAAACCAUUUUAGAUAGAGAGCAACCGAACCCCUUUAAAAGAACCAUCUCAUCUUUUAGUGUAAAUGUGCCAGAUUAGAGCGUGUUAUAUGGAGUGUGUCAUUGAGUGUGUCAUAUGGAUCUGCCUUAUUGCGCAUCUUUGCUGCCUUUCUUAGAGCUUUUAAUAUAUGAAAAUUGAAAUAAAGAGUCUGUUUAGUAUCUAUGUUGUAUAUUUGUUAUAGACAUAGUUUGAGUAUAAAUGUGGUGAAUGAAUGAUGAAUCACAAUGCUCAAAAGAUGAUUUGUGUAAUGCCUGUGUGAAGACCUCAGAUGUCAUGUUCACUUCUUUCUAUUUUUUUGUUACAACCACCAGUGGAUAUAAGGCAGACACAACAGCAUUUUGUUCAGUUCUCAAUGCACCCAACAAAACGUUUUUAAGGAUGAACUAGAGAUGUAGCCACCAUAGAAAUGUCUCUGUCCUGAAAGCAUCAAGUGCUCACUACUGCUAAACCCCAACGGAAAUUAAAAAAAAAAGAGAUAGGAUUCUCAGAUUGUGCGUCUGAGAAAAAAGAAAACAAUUGGGGACCAUGGGGUUACAGUAUGCCAUAUUCGGGUUUACCUUCCAAUGUUUUAAAAUAAGAAAUGCUGCUGAGUUAGGGUAGGUAACCACAGAAUAGUUACACAAAGAGAAACUUCUAUAAUGGACACUUUUAUGUAGGCUGUGUGUGAAGGGUUGUUAGUGAGUGUGCAAAUGGGUGGAUGGAUGAGAGGGUGUAUAGAUGAUAGAGAGAGAGAGAGAGAGAGAGAGAGAGAAACUGGAGGUAGUUAAUAGGGGAAUGCUUAGUAUUACCAGUCUUUACAGAGAUGGUGUUGAUAGUGAUAAUGAGUAAACCUAAAGUGAUAUUGGAGUUUCUUCAGUCAACAAUGCUAAUGAAGGUAGAUGAAAGCAAAAAUCCAUCAUAGGAUUUAAAUAGAUUUUUCUUUAAAGGGUCUAAUGACUGCAUUAGGGAGGAAGGUAAAUUGUUAAGCAAAGUGGUUUGAUGUAUGUGUUAUAUCUACAGUGGGGUAUGCAUCAACGUGAUUGGAUGGAAUCGUUUGAUCUGCCUUGGUCUGCUUCAUAGACUGAAUAUUUUUUAUGGUAAAUUUCUCAAAGGACAUACAGCUGUGUUUGUAGACUUUCUGAGCUCUUUUUCUCACACGUGGUUUCCCCACUUUUCAUUAUUUUUCAACCACUGUUUCAUAUGUACCUGCCUUUUUCAUGUGCAAUAUGAAGUGUCUGCCUCUGUGACCUUGCAUUGAUUCCUAUGUAAAUACCUAUGCCUCUUGUUAAAUUAUUAUUAAGUCUGAAUUUCCAAAGGCAUUUAAUUGUUAGUUCAUGAUGUUUCCAUUGGUAACAAUUCAAAUGCCUGUGAUCAUUUUAAUCCUAAAAUGCUUGGGAGUCCAGAUCUAAGCCAGUUUUCUUUACUGUGUGUGUAUCUGUCCCUUUAGGUUUUGUUUGUCAGGGCUAAAUGUGCCAAGCAAACAUUGUCUACUUCUUGGUCAAGCUGCAAAGUGGCAAAACAAACAUAACUUCAAUUAUUUUUGUUCUCUAACGUUGGACGGAAGCUGAGGGCUGUGUUCAUAUAAAACUUUUCUGCUACGUCAUGACCAGGUCUGAUAUUGUGGCUCAUUCAGGAAGUAUGAACCCAAUCUAUUUCCCAUUAUCACAGAACAGCGGGACUCUAACCUGUGAUGUAAUGUCAUUGUAAUGAUCACCUGUGACAUAAUUGUUAAAAGUGGCAAAAAUAGAAUUGCUGUAAAUAUCAAGUUUUAAAAGAAAAUGUUACUUGAUUGUCUGUCAUUAAAACAAUGAGAAGCAUUUCAAUGUA